AGGGAGUUGAAGCAGGAAGGAAGGCAGGCGAGAGAGGGAAGGAAGGGAGGGAGGCUGUGAAUGCUAACAAGCCCCUUCGUAGCUCUGUAGGUAGGGCUUUUUUUGGUGAAGAAACAUCUUGCAAUGGAGAGGAACGACGACCACUAUUAAAAAACACAGUCCUACUAUGCGCCACAGCCGCGUCCGCCCUGUGCGCCCGCAGCAGCAGCAGCAGCAGCAGCAGCGUCGUCGGCACGUUUGAACAGAAAAACCGUCGUUUUCCGCUCAGUGAAAUGUAUCGCGACUGCCUUGGAUUCACAUUCUGACAAUGGAGAUUGAAAAUAUCGUGGCCAACACGGUUCUCCUGAAGGCGAGGGAAGGUGGAGGAGGGAAGAGGAACGGCCGCAGCAAGAAAUGGAAGGAGAUGCUAAAACUCCCACACAUCAGCCAGUGUGAGGAGCUACGCCGCACUAUUGAGAGAGACUACACCAGCCUAUGUGAGAAGCAGCCCAUUGGUCGGCUAUUAUUCCGUCAGUACUGUGACACAAGGCCAGAGCUGAAGCGCUGCAUUGAGUUUAUGGAUGCUGUGGCCAUGUACCAGCUAGCUCCUGAUGAGAAGAGGAGGGACUGCGGACUGAAUGUUUUAGACACAUACUUUAAUAAUGGGUCGGCCGCCCAUCUGCCUGACAUUCCCCAGGAUGUCGUCGCUGGGUGCCGGGAGAGGUUGGAGCAGAGUCCGUGUAAGGAGCUCUUCAAUGACUGCACCAAAAUAGUUCGUGAUUAUCUGAGUGGAGCUCCAUUUUCCUCCUACCAGGAGUCCAUGUACUUCUCUCGCUUCCUGCAGUGGAAAUGGUUGGAGAGGCAACCAGUAACCAAAAAUACCUUCAGACAUUAUAGAGUACUUGGAAAAGGUGGAUUUGGCGAGGUUUGUGCCUGCCAAGUACGUGCCACCGGUAAGAUGUACGCCUGUAAAAAGCUGGAAAAGAAACGAGUGAAGAAAAGAAAAGGUGAAGCAAUGGCACUAAACGAAAAACGCAUUUUAGAAAAAGUUAACAGUAGUUUUGUAGUUAGUCUAGCUUAUGCCUAUGAGACCAAGGAUGUGCUGUGCCUGGUUCUGACCAUAAUGAAUGGCGGUGACUUAAAGUUCCACAUCUACAACAUGGGCAACUCAGGCUUUGAUGAGCAAAGGGCCAUUUUCUACGCUGCUGAGAUCUGCUGUGGCCUUGAGGACCUGCACCGUGAGAGGAUAGUCUACAGGGAUCUGAAACCUGAAAACAUCCUCCUGGAUGAUCGUGGACACAUUCGAAUUUCCGACCUGGGCCUUGCUGUUCAAAUCCCAGAAGGGGAGACGAUACGAGGGAGAGUGGGCACUGUUGGAUACAUGGCUCCUGAGGUGAUCCAGAAUGAGAGCUACACCUUCAGCCCAGACUGGUGGGGGCUGGGCUGCCUGAUCUUUGAGAUGAUCCAGGGCCAGUCGCCCUUCCGCAAGCGCAAGGAGCGUGUCAAGCGUGAGGAGGUGGACAGACGGGUGCGGGAGGACCAAGAGGAGUACUCCGAUAAGUUCUCUGAGGAGGCGAAGGAUAUCUGCAGACAGCUCCUGGCCAAGGACCCUAAGGAGAGGCUGGGUUGUCAGGGCCGUGGGGCCAUAGAGGUCAAGCAGCACCCCAUCUUCAGAAACAUCAAUUUCAAACGGCUGGAGGCCAACAUGCUGGACCCUCCCUUCAGCCCAGAUCCUCGAGCAGUGUACUGUAAAGACGUUCUGGACAUUGAGCAGUUCUCCACUGUCAAAGGUGUGAACCUUGACCCCACAGACGACGACUUCUAUCACAAGUUUGUCACAGGCAGUGUCUCCAUCCCGUGGCAGAACGAGAUGAUCGAGAUGGAAUGCUUCAAAGAAAUUAACGUCUACGAGACAGACGGGAAUCUGUGCUCCGACCUGGACAUGAACCGGCCUAACCCUCCACCAAAGAGAGGCUUCUUCUACCGCCUGUUCAGAAGAGAGGCAAGUGCUAGUGCUCCGGCAACUGUCCGAGGGGGUGGGGGCUAAGGUCUGUUUUAAGAGCGGUUACAGUGAUGAUGAGAUCGAGGAGCCCUCACGACUUUAAACCACUUCCUCCACCUGCACCCCUCCGCCGCAGAACUUCACCACAAACUCCAACCGAGCGCAAAUCUUAGGGACUCAGUGAAUGUUGACCUGUAUUUCUGAGCUGUAUUAAAAGUGUAUUAUAAUUAAAGAAAAAAGUAUGAGUUUAAAGAUUUUGUACAUUUGUACUUGAAUUUAUGUCUAGAUGUAUAUUUUCACUAAAGGUUGUAUUGUACAAAAAGCCAUAAAAGUACCACUUGAAUGCAUACAUUACGUUUUAAUUUCUUUUAAUUAUUUUUUUUUCUUUUGGAAUGAGUAUGGAUAAUAUGUAUUGGGGAGUUUUUUUAUUUUAUUUUAAGAAGCACAGUACCAGUAGUCUUUUUAAUUUUCUCGAUGUAGCAUAAGGCCUUUUUUGUUUCUAUAUGUGCUGUAUGUUUGUCAUUGAUUGGGCCAACGUGACGUGUUUUUUAGCACAUCAGCUCCACCAGGUCCCAAACUAACCCUUAUUUAGCCUCUUUACACCUCGAGGCUCAGAUAGGUCUGAAUGAAGCACGUAGAGCCAAAUGAUAUGGGGAAAAUGGAUCCAAUCUAUCAUUGCUGUGUUGAUGCCAUGCUGCUUAACCUUCCCCACCUGCCCCUAUUUUUAAUUUGAAAUUGGUUUGGAUGAUCCAUGUCCUUCAAUGAGCCCAAGUUGCACUGGACUGGAUGCAAUGUUUAGUAAACUGCUUCUAGGUGCCUGUACCAACUCAGUUCUAGCAGAGAUGGCAAAGGAUUUAUUUCUGACAAUCUUCUAGUCAGCAUGUGCAACAAUUAAAUCUCCUUAAAAUACAUAGUAAGCACUGGGGAGGUCAUUUUCAGGCCCACAAGGUCUGAAAAACUAUCAUUGUCAGACCUCUCCAGGAAUCUUUCAUGAGCUGUAAAAUGCUCAGAACAUUAAUUUUCAGACGGUGUUUCCACUGGGAGCACAGCUGUUAAGUAAAUGUCUGUUACAUUAUUCACUCAGGCAGAAUGUUUUUGCUGAUUUAUCGUUAUUCCUCCUUAUUUCUCAGCUUUUGUUAUUGACUUGUACUUCCUUUUCUGACAGUUAUUAUGAAUUGUUUCAUGUGCAGAGCGGAAAUCCUUCUCCCCUCGAUUUUUCUUAGUAAUUUUGCUUCCCACAUUCAGAGAGCCUCCAACUAGUUGGAACAAAGAGACUGAUGAGGGUGACGAUGGAACUGCAUCGGAGACCUGACCUGCAGCUGUUAAUGGUUUCAUCUAGAUUUUAAAAAAAAUUAAAAUUGCUGUUGCAUCAAACUAACUUCCACUGCUUUAGCUGUCAGCAGCUGUUAGCUUCCGAACUGAGUCAAAAAUACAGCCUGCUUUGACCUCCGUGCCUGUUUGAUCAUUAGCUAGCACAAUACCUGCUAGUAGACUUCCAUUUAGAUCCUGUGGCUUCAGCUCUGUUUGUGAUAAAGACGCAAUUUGUUACUGGUAUUAACAACCACCUUGAACUGUUCCACUUAAAUCCUGUAUAUUGUUCUCUCAUAAGAAUGACAGUUGGCUGUAUGUGUGUAGACGGUGAGAAACUAUCGUGUGUCCAGGAACACUUGGCCACCUCUGUUUUUACUAUAGAAGAUGUGUUUCCUUCCAAGUUAACUCAUCAUGAACAAAUGCAUAUCAUGGACAUUUCCCAUUUACAGCAUAUCCAGGAUCUGUUAUGUUCCAUAUUUGUUUAUUCUCAUUGCAUUUCAGAGGCAUUCUCAGCCAUUUAUUAUGCUUUUUUUUGUUAGGUUUUUUUUUUUUGCUUUUGAGGCAGUUUCUGUUUACUCCCCAUCACCUGUUUUUAAUGCUGUGAAUACCCCAUCUGGACAUGUUAGUUUUGUGUGUGUAUACUACACUGUAAGCUAAUGCAGCUUUGUUCAAAUGCAUUCAAGUAAAUUAGCUCUGCCCUUGUGCAAUUAAAUGGAUUGAUUUA